GCUGCUGCAGGAGUCUGCUUGACAUCACUGCGCAUAAACAGGAGAUUCAUCACUCUCUGUUCUGAGACACAUUGAAGAUAUUAGGGAUGGAUGCAUGGACAGCAGAGAAAAUCAUUCUUCUCAGUUUUCUCUUGAAUGGUGUUGGGUGUAUAAACCCACAUAUCAACUUACCAGAGAAAAUUGACGCUUUGAGUGGAUCUUGUGUGCUUAUAAACUGCACGUUUGAUGCCAACAUCACAAGACUUAAUAACUUUAAUGCUCAAGUAGUUUGGAGUAUAAAUAAUACUCGCAGUAUAGUGCUUAAUUCCAGUAUGUUGAGCCCUAACCCAUUUUUUAAAGGACAAAUGCUUGGAAAUUUAUCGGAGAAGAACUGCACAACAAUCUUUUAUGACAUUCGUUCAAAUCUCAGUGGUACAUAUAACCUCGCAAUCAUUAAUGGAAGUGGAAAAAUGAGCAAUAUGUAUGCAAAUGUAACUAUAAAUGUAUUUGAGUCUCCUCCUCAACCCACAGUAAGGUUAUAUACACAAAAGAUGGGACUAAUGCAAAUCAUGGAGGUGCCGGAGGGGAGCUCUGUGAUUCUUCGUUGUUCGGCUAAGUCUCUCUGCUCCUCUUAUCCACCACUUCUCACAUGGAGCUCCUACCCCACACUUCCCUUCAAUGGGAGCAGCAUACCGCAGGAGAAUCAAACUGAGCUCAUCUCUGAUCUGAACUUUACUGUUACUCCCCUUCUUCACAGAACCAAUUUUACCUGCACCAUCACCUACCAGCUACAGGACAAGAAUAAAACAGCACAAAACUAUUUCACUUUAUAUGUUCAGUAUGCACCCAAAAUAUCUCCCUCAUCCGGUUGUAAGGGUACAGAUGUGAGAGUCUGUUUCUGUGAGGGUCAUGGGAACCCUUCUCCUAAACUGACAUGGUAUCUUUCUGAAAGUCCUGUCUCUAACUCCUCAUGCACAUCCAUCAGUGAAGAGCAACUGGGUAGCACAGGCUUCAAGAGUUUCUUUACCCUAUCUUGCGUCCACACAGCCAACCCCACUGUGCUGUGUGUAGCUACCAACAUUCAAGGCAGUGCCAGCCAACAGUUUUAUCUCGUUCCACCCUUUGAAGAAACUGCACAAAGUGAACAGAAAACACUCCAGGUCCUCUUAGCACUGAUGGUUUUUCUGUAUGCUCUGACUGUUGGAGUUGCCAUCUACAAAUUUAAACAGAUGUCCAACAAGCUCAAGGUAAGUCUUAUUUAUAUAUAAUAGUAAACCACCACAAAAAUGAUGACGAUGAUAUAGACCUAGAUGAUCUGUUUAAAAGUGUUUUUCCUGCAGGCUAAAAGAGAAGCAGAAUCACAUGUCCCCUUUGAACUCAACGCUUCAAACAAUAUCUAUGAGAAUGUGAAAAUUUAAAUACAAUUUACAUACAAUUUAAAACAUGUAAAAUGUAAUUUUCCUCUAGGCAUAAAUGUUUCAGUAACUUUGAAGUGGGAGGGGCUACCUGUAAUAUAAAGUUUUGUUAUUGUUCAUAGAUGUACUUCAGCAAAUCUAAAUCAUGAUGCUUUGAGAAACAAGU